AUGAGCAAGUCAGUUUCACAAUGCGAACAGGCAAUAAAGCUUUGUGGCACCGAGGAUGGAACCUCUUGUGUUGGGGCAUACGUGGUCUGCAACACCAUUUUCAAUAAGACAGCGGAACUUGCAGGUGAUAAAAAUUAUUAUGAUAUCCGAAAAAAGUGUCAGGGUAGCCUGUGCUACGAUUUCUCUAAUGUGGAGAAUUUGUUGAACCAAGAAUCGGUUAAAGACGCUCUUGGUGUUGGGAACAUAGAUUUUGUUUCAUGCAGUUCUACAGUACACGAGGCGAUGAUCAUGGACUGGAUGAGGAAUCUUGAAGUUGGUAUUCCUCCACUCCUAGAGAAUGGAAUCAAAUUACUUGUAUAUGCUGGAGAGUAUGAUUUCAUAUGCAACUGGCUUGUACGAGUCAAGUACGAGUCGAGCGGCCGAGCCAAAGAUUGCCAUAACUACCUGACACCACCAAAACCACCCGACCACAACCAUCGACACCCCCACACAACACCACCUCACACAGCCGAGGCACCACGACGAGCAAACGACACCACCAACGCUCAAAAACUAGAUCUCCCAAACCAUUGCAGCCAUGAACUGUGA